GAGCACAUAUUUGAAUAUACGUUUGGGUGUUGCUCACUUUAGAGCUGUAGUAGUGGCCUGACUUUUGGUUUUGUAGCGUUAUACUCUCUUGGGCCUAGAUAUGUGAAACAGGUACAUUUGCUGGAGAAAAUACAGAGGCACAAAUUUGCUCCUAACUACCGUGUUCCAUACAAAGCUCUUCCAUGCAGUUGUGUCAUCAACUUUCUCAUCCAGGGCUGAUGACAAGAAGACUGACACAACACAGUCAAGAUCAGGUACAAAGUCUAUCCAGCUGCCUGUCCCACCCAAGCAGCAGCAGGAGGUGCUUUAGGCAAGGCAGAAGACGUUCUGUGUAGACCAUUAAGUAAUUAGCUAUGUGGCUGCAAUUCCCUGGGGUAUUCCUAAAUGCUGUCAGCUGGGGGUUGGCUCAUGGCCUGCAGCUCUCCACACCUUCUGUGAGAUAUAGCUUUGUCCUUGCAGUGAUGCAGAAGCUUCAGCUCAUCUCUGACACCUUCUCUGUCUGCGAGAAAAUUCUCUCUUUUCCCAGCUUCUUUGAUCUUUGCUGCCACCUGCUAUUUGCUAUUCAAUCUAGGAGCUAUUUUGAUGCUUGGGUGGUAGGAAGAAGUGUUUACAGAAGACUUACAAGCCUUGCGGUUAGUGAUAUUUCCCUUCUGGAGCAUGUCACAGAGUCUAAAGACUUAAUUCUUACUCUUGGAGCUGUGGUUUAUGGCAAAUGUAAGAAUUAAUGCUACCUUCCUUCUUUUGCUUGGUGUACAGUGAAGAAGAGGCUUUCUCUCUAAAAUUUUAAACACUUCCAGUUCAUUAAGGAGGCUGUUUAUCAGACUUAAUGAGAAGUUUCUGUUGAGGAAUGAAACAGCCACAAACCCUUGUACUUAAUGACAAAGACCACUAGAGAUAACUCCCAUCUGCACAGUGCCAUACUGACUCACAGGCCGUGAUGGCCUUGACCAGCCCCACCUGGGGCCUCACCAAUCCUGCCAAUGGCCCCAGGAGCUCCAUUUCAAUCUAGCUUGGGGAGCUGCUGACCCUUGUGUUAUUCUGACAGUGUGUAAGCUUCUAGUUUUUCGUUACCUUACUCUUGGUCAAAGGAGCUAGGGUGUCAAACUAUGUUUCUUGUUGUGAGACCCUGAAGUGGAACAAGCUCCUCUUUCUCAGAAUUGAGUAUGCUGUUAUGUUGGAGGAGGUUCAGCUGGGUGUCAGGAAGCUCAGAAGAGACCAGAGGAUACCCCAGUGCUUUGUGUUAGGACAACAGGCUGCUCUUCAGAGGACAGACAGCUCAUCUCCUGGAAGAACAAGGGAAACUAAAGGCUCUAAGAAACUUCCAGCUUUCAUGUGAGCAUGUGAUGCCACCUGAGACUCCUUCAUCUUCAGUUCAUGCUCUGAGGCCAGCUGACAUUACAGCAGUCACUGCAAUAGGAAAUUUGCAAAGAACACCAGGACCCAGUAUUCAUCAUGAAGACUUACUCCAAAGCACAGGAAAGAGCCUCCUUGACGUGAGCGUGGAAACUUUAGCAGCUCUCAUUAGCAGCUUUAAUCCCUCGGUCCUGCACCAGUCUCUUCUGCCUGACACAACGGGACCGGCAUCAGAGGGUCAAGCCAGAGACCUCCUGGAUCAAGCUGUAGAAGUAGUGAAGCUCAUGAAAGAGAAUCAGAUGAUGGACUUCCAAAAUGACUGGAAAUUGAUCACAGUUUUCUUUAGUGCUGAAAACCCGUGCUCUUCCUGUGCUUUCACACAACUGGAGUACUGCAUGUUGGAAAACCUGGAAAAACUUCAAGAGGUCUUGGACUUCUUAUAUAAAGAAGUUCCCAAAGCCUUUGUAAAUCUGGUAGAUUCCACUGAGCUCACAACUUCCUUUCUUGCGUGCCAAGAUCCCAAUAAUGCAAGCAAUCCUGUUGGGAAUCAGUGCAAUUGUGUACAUGAACACUCCGCGCUAGAUGAUAACAUACUGAGGUGGUCCUAUCAGGAUACUUGGGGAAAGCUCCUAGAGUCUGCAAGGUAUGAUCAAAAAGAUGACUUCACUGUUGUUCUUCAGCCUUCUUUCCAAGAAACGAAUCUGUUGCUCAGACUGGACAGGGAUGACUUCGUCACCACGUCAAAGACAGAAGUGGAAAAACUGGAAGAAGAUUAUACUUUCUUGUCUGUGGGUCUCUGGAACAACAUGAUGGAGCCAGUUGGGCAGAAGAAGCCUUAUGAUUUCACAGAAAUGCUUCAGAUCCAGUGUCCAUCUCAGGAAAAUCCAUAUUUCUUCACGUAUAAAAAUAGUAAUUAUUCAUCUACCCCAGAGACAUCAAACAUCAAAGAAAGAUCUCAGGAGAGGAGUUAUGGAACAAAUGUUCCUUGUUUCAGCCAGAGCCCCUCUGAUACGGUUCCAGUUUCAGUUCAUAACUUGAGACCAGCAGAUAUUCAGGUGAUUGCUGCCCUGGGAGAUUCACUCACAGCAGGUAAUGGGGCAGCAUCCAAACCCAAUGACGUUCUGGAUGUCCUGACUCAGUACCGAGGUAUUUCUUGGAGUGUUGGAGGAAAUGAAAACAUAAGCACGGUCACAACACUAGCAAAUAUUCUUCGUGAGUUCAACCCAUCCCUGAUUGGGUAUUCCACUGGCACUGGAAGGGAGACUACAGAAAAUGCUGCACUCAACCAAGCAGUGGCAGGGGAUAAGGCAGAGGAUGUUCCUGCACAGGUUAGAAGACUGGUGGAUCGAAUGAAGAAUGAUACUAGAAUAAAUUUGCAGACUGACUGGAAGCUUGUAACGCUCUUUAUAGGAGGAAAUGACCUAUGCGCAUUCUGUGAGGAUCCAAUACGCUAUUCUCCUGAAAACUUCACCUAUAAUAUUCAAAUAGCUUUGGACAUGCUUCACAAAGAGGUUCCACGGACGUUUGUGAAUCUGGUGACAGUGCUUUCCAUAACAAGCCUGCGCGAGUUGUACGCAGAGAAAAACGUCAGCUGCCCAAGGAUUCUCAUGAGGCUUUUGUGCCCUUGUGUACUGAAAUAUGAUGACAAUUCCAGUGAGGUCGAGCAGUUGGUCAAUUUCAACAAAAGGUAUCAGGAAAGAACCAAAGAGUUAGUGGAGAGUGGAAGAUACGACACUAGGGAAGAUUUCACAGUGGUUCUGCAGCCAUUCCUGACUCAUAUCAACAUGCCAAAAACACAGGAGGGGUUGCCUGACAAUUCAUAUUUUGCCCCAGACUGCUUCCACUUCAGCCAGAAGUCUCAUUCCCAGGCUGCACGUGCUUUGUGGAACAACAUGCUGGAACCUGUAGGGAAGAAGACAGAUAAUCAACAAAUAGGAGAUGAAAUUUCUCUCAAAUGUCCGAGUGAGGCUGAACCAUUCCUGAGGACGUAUAAAAACAGUAAUUACAUAUAUGCUAACCAAACUCCAAAUUAUGGAAGCCAACUGCUAUGUGAGGACAGAUCUCCAUCAUCCCCUUCUUCAACUUCAGUGCAUUCCCUAAAGCCAGCUGAUGUGAAAAUUAUAGCAGCCCUUGGGGAUUCUUUGACGGCUGGAACGGGAAUUGCUUCAUACAAUCUCACAGAUUUGGACACUGAAUACCGGGGACUGUCAUGGAGUAUUGGAGGGGAUGCCUCAUUAGAGAACGUAACAACUCUACCUAACAUCUUUCGAGAGUUCAAUGCUAUGAUCAAGGGCUAUUCAACUGGCACUGGGAAUGAGAAUGACUCGAAUGCAUUCCUUAACCAGGCAGUUCCCGGAGCAGAGGCUGAGCACUUACCAACCCAAGCAAGAACUCUCCUGAGACUAAUGCAAACUGAUUCUAGAAUUGACUUCAAUGCUGACUGGAAAAUCAUAACCGUGUUUAUUGGAGGAAACGAUCUGUGCAACUAUUGCAAGGACCCUGAUCACUACUCAGCUGUAAAUUUCACCAGAAGAAUUCAAGAAACUCUUGAUAUUCUUCAUGGACAGGUUCCAAAAGCUCUAGUGAAUCUGGUUGAAGUGAUGGACAUCCUCCCUCUGAGACAGUUGUUUGUGGAUACCCAAGUUCCGUGCCCCACUUACAUGGCAGAUUAUCUGUGUAGUUGUGUUCUCACAGGAGAAGAAAACUCAAAAAAUUUAACGAUGGUGAGGGAAGCUGCCAGAGCUUACCAGCUUGGUGUUCAGGGACUGGUGGAGUCUGGCAGAUAUGACACUCAUGAAAAUUUCACAGUGAUCAUUCAGCCCUUCCUCCAAAAUCCAAAGAUUCCUCUUGGUCAGGACGGGCAUCCUGAUGUCUCCUACUUUUCACCUGACUGCUUCCAUCCAAACCAGAAAGGCCAUUCUCAGCUUGCCAGGGCUCUCUGGAAUGCUCUGUUACAGCCUGUAGGCCAGAAAGCUGACUCAUUUGACUUCAUGGUUGACGCUGUCCUCAGCUGCCCGACUCAGGCUACACCCUUCCUGGCAACAUAUAAAAAUAGCAACUACACCCAUCCAACUGUGGUUCCCACCAGUGAGCCAGCAGAGAACUGGGGCAGUGACCUGUCUUGUUCGGAACAGACUCCAUCCAGUCGUGUCCCAACAUCAGUACAUGAGCUACAACCUGCUGAUAUCAAAGUUAUUGGCGCACUGGGAGAUUCCCUGACUACUGCUGUAGGAGCCCGCUCAACCGACCUACAAACAGACUGGAGGGGACUUUCCUGGAGUAUCGGAGGUGAUGGGACCCUCGAGACCCGAACUACUUUACCUAAUAUCUUGAAAAAAUUCAGUCCAAACAUCUUUGGCUUUUCCACUGGUAGCAGUAAGGAAACAGCUGGGUUCAACGCUGCACAGAAAGGUGCCACUGCACGCAAUAUGUCAGCCCAAGCACGUGAGUUGGUGGAGCUAAUGAGAAGCAGCUCGAAAAUUAACUUCAAGGAGGACUGGAAGCUGAUCACUGUCCUCGUUGGAGGCAAUGACCUGUGUCAAUACUGCUUUGAUAAGGAAACCUAUUCAGUGCAAAACUAUGUAAAGCACCUUCAAGACGCUCUGGAUGUUUUCUAUGAUGAGCUUCCAAGAGUCUUUGUCAACAUGGUGGAGAUACUAGAGAUUUCUGGACUGCGUCAGAUCGCAGCAAGCUCUUCAGAGUGCGCUCUGACAGGAAUGAAUAUUUGCCCAUGUUUCUUAAACCCCAAGGAAAACUCUUCUGAACUACAAGAAAUUAAGAGAGUUAACAGAGAUUUUCAGGCUGAAGCCUUACAGCUGGUCAACAGUGGUCGGUACGAACAGCGUGAGGACUUUGCAGUUGUUGUGCAGCCAUUUUUCCGAAACACCUUGUUGCCCCUGGAUAGGGAUGGCAAGCCAGAUCUGAGUUUCUUUGCUGCAGACUGCUUUCAUUUCAGUGAAAAAGGUUAUGCUGAGAUGGCUAUGGCUCUCUGGAAUAACAUGAUGGAGCCAGUUGGUGAAAAGCAGACUUACAACAACUUUACCUAUGACAGAUCAAAACUGAAGUGUCCAAACCCAGAGAAACCCUUUCUUUCCACGAUGAGAAACAGUGAAUUCAGGAAUUCAGUUCUCAACUCAGAGAAAACUGAACCUUCGGUGCCCUACUGGGCUGUCAUUGUGGCAGCGGUAGCUGGAGUCCUGGUGGGUUCUGCACUCAUCUGGGCUGUGUCAAGAAGAACCAUGAGACACCGACGAGAGACCGAAACAGAAAAGAACAUGAAAACAACAUCUCUGUAAAGCAAGUGGAACAAACAUCUGGUUCUGCUGAGGCUGCUCUCUGGUGUGAGACGGAACAGGAGAAUAAAAAAGUGGUUGGACAUUAAUCGAGCUUCUUGGUUAGCCAAGGGAUUUGGGGGCCCAAUAAUAUUGAUCAGAAAUGCACUGUAGGACUAGCUUCUGCAGGUCAGUGAAGUGGGCAAUGCCAUUCAAAGUGUUAAAGCUUUUUCAUUCCGGGAUGCAAUUCUUGGUUUCAUGAAUAUUACAUAGGCUGACAAUUGCUUUCAUGAAGCAAGAAAACUUGUUCGUGUACCUUGGCACCUUAUUUGCACAUCUGCCCUUUUUUUCUUAUAAAACUCUGUAUAUAACAUGUUAGAUUCAAGUCCAUGAUUGUAACCUGGUGUUCCCUAAUACCAAAGUAAGUGCAAUAAAGAAGAAACAGCAUUUUCGCAUAUUAGAUUCAAGCAAGACUGUUGAGUUGAAGGAGCUAAGUUCAUUCUACACAGGAAAGUACCAUGCCAUGGAAACAUCGUCAAGCAACUUCUGAGCAACCCAGAACAUCCAUGUAGCAUCCAUGGUGCAGUGCUGGGCACCCUGUCCACUGCCUUGGACACAAGCCACUGUCUGUCUGAGAUUGGAUGUGGAGUUGGGCCAUGCACAUCACUUCUGCAGGGCUAAAUUGCUUAGUCCCAUGUCCUCCUGCCCCGUAGCUGUAUGGCAGCCAGUCCAGAAUGGCUCUUCCUGUGAGGAAGUAAUUUCUUCACUAGCAGUGGAGUAGGGGAUCUAAACAAAAAAUGAGGUACAUACUGGUAACCUAGCCUGGCACUCAUGGGGCAUGUGGUAUGUUCAGAUCUCCCGGACUGGAGUCUCCGUAGUUGUUCUCCAAGGAAGAAUUUGCAAAGUUUUUUUCAAACUUCUGAUCAGGAGUUCAGAGGAGAACUUCCCUGGUAGUUAGACAUUCCUUGUAUUAUACUUGCAGAUCAAUUUGUGACCUACUAGCAUGGAUGAUACUACAUAGAUGCCCUGUAUUCUUGUUUUUCAAAACCUUUAUUUCAUAUGUCAAAUAUUUUUAAUUUUGAUUUUAUUGAAGCCAAAGUGUAGUUCGUAAUGGUGUGAUUUUUUUGUGAGGCAUCAACAUUUCCAGUCCAUAAAUGCAAAUGAGUUGAAAAUUAAAUUGUUCUGGGGUUCCUAAACCUGCUCACUAUGCACACACAGAAAGUGUUCAGAGUCCUCCCUUUUCCAUCUCACUCACUGUUCUUGCAGGGAGUAAAAAGAGGUGGGUAAAAUACAAAUGGUAUAGUCAGGUUUCAAGAGCUGUAGCUCUACUCGUCCCUUCUUUCAUCUGCUCUCAAAGGUUGGACUGUUACUGGUAGGACUGUUGUUUGCAUAAAUCCUAUCCACAGGUGUGUCUGAGUUUGGAAGCUCUAUAUGCAGCCCCAAACAAGGAUAUAUUUGGAAUGCAAAACAAAAGCACCUGCAUCUUGUUUCAGUGCAGCUCAAGUAUAAGCUCAAACAGCCCAUCUCUGCUGCUCUUCUUGUGCCUGUCAGCAGUGUGCAUCAUUAACCAUCUACCUGAUAUCCCAACUGCUGGUAGUUAUUUGGUUCAAUAAUUGGAAGCAAAUGCAACCUUGAAACUGUAAUGCAGGAGAUGACAGUUACUAUAUUCCUGUCUGUUCCAUGGCAUCCUUACCUCAGACAUGUUGUAAAACGUAAACAUUCUCUGCAGAACCUUUCAUCAGUGCUAGGUACGUUGAAGGAAGCUGAAAACAGCAGUUCAGUGCUGAUAUACCUUUCUAAACGAUGUGUGCAUGCAUGAAGUGGAAUGGGGGUCCUAGAACACGAGUAAGAGCUACAACAUACUGCGUGGUGCCUCACAUCAGGUUCUUCCUGCCUGGAGAUGGAUGCAAAUCUGUUUUUUGUGUUUCAUGCUGCUGUUCCCUGCUAGAAAAACUAGGGAGCCCCUUUCCAUUCAGCCUAGGAGGCUGAAUUUUGCUCUGAGCUUCUGAACGCCAAAACAUCAGAGGUGCACCAGUUGGGUAUUGAGUGAAAUAGAUGGCUCUAACCUCUCCAGCAUUUUGAAGGAUGCUGGUGGAAAUAAUACUUAUUGGCUCUGUGAUGGUUCUGCAACAGGAGACUUUUCUCCAAAGUUUCUCCGGGUGCAAUAGAGCUCUACUACACUACCCCAGCAGGAGCCAUAGGAGGUGGAGCAGGAACUGGCGGCUCCUUACUUAGUCUAUGGAAAUAUCUUCUGGUACCUUUCUUGUGUAAACUGAAGUAUGUGAUGAACUGCACUGAUGUUUAAAAACAAAAAAAAAGAUCAAGAAUCUUGUAGUUUGCAGCUAUUUUACAAGAAAAACUGUUUCCUUGAAAAUAUUGAUGCCAAGCAUUCCCUCUGUGCUCAUUAAGCAGAGGUAACAUUAAGCUGGAAUGAACGACAAAUUAUUGGGUCUGGAUCUUAGUCCGACUGCAUUCAGUGUAGCGUUAAAUCAGAAUGUAAUCUAUGUACCCUGUCUGUCCGUUGUCCAUUUUUCCCUCUUUUCCUUGAUAGCAUGCCCUUGGUUUCAGUUGCCCUGUGGUAUUUUCCCUCACCGGACUGCUGGGUAGGCCGGGCUGCUUACUGAUGCACAAAGGAG